UCUUUGUUUUAAUCCUUGCUAGCUUAACACAUGUUUGUUCAUCGUUAAAUUUGCGCUCAGUUUUGUUCUUUUGUUCAUGUUUAAAGUUUCUAUUUCUUUAUUCAAGUGUAAAAUGGCCCAAAGAAGUAUUACCAGUUAUUUUCAAAAGCCUCUUAAUGGUUCCAAUGGUUGUAGCAACGGUCCUUUAAGUCCUGCUAGAAAACGGGAAGAUGUUGAUUGUCUGUAUAAAUCAAAGAGAAAUUUGUCCAAAAGUGAAGAAGACCAGUUGAAGGCUGAAUUGGCCUCGUUGAUUGCUAAAAAGAGAGCUGUUUCUUCUAAUAUGGGGCUGACUUGGUUUAAAGAGUUGAAAAGUGAAUUUUCCAAAGAAUAUUUCAUUCAAUUGUCUGAUUUUCUUCUCAUGGAACGGCGGCAAAGAACAAUUUUUCCACCCGAAGAUCAAGUUUUUACUUGGACUACAAUGACUCCUAUUUACGAUGUUAAAGUUGUCAUUUUAGGACAAGAUCCAUACCAUCAACCUCGACAAGCUCAUGGUUUGUGUUUCAGUGUUCAAAAAGGAGUUGAUCCGCCUCCAAGUUUGAAAAAUAUUUACCGAGAAUUGGCAGCAGACAUUGAUACUUUCAUUGAGCCUAAUCAUGGAGAUCUUACUGGUUGGGCAAAGCAAGGAGUAUUAUUAUUAAAUGCGUGUCUUACAGUUCGUGCCUCGAGUGCUAACUCUCAUGCUGAUCAAGGUUGGGAACAGUUUACCGAUGCUGUUAUCAAAUGGUUAAAUGCAAAUAUGCAGAACCUUGUCUUUAUCCUAUGGGGAAAUUAUGCUCACAAGAAAGGAGCUUGUAUUGACACUAAGCGUCAUCUUGUACUUAAAGGGGUUCACCCUUCACCGCUUUCAGCUCAUAGAGGCUUCUUCGGCUGCAAACAUUUUUCUAAAACCAAUAGUCAUUUGGUAGCUAAGGGAAAAACACCCAUCGAUUGGGGAAAUUUACCUUAAAAGUGACAUUCCUGUUCGAAACACAACUGCUACUUAUUUUUCAUCAAAAUUUCUAAUUCCGUGUUUUUAAGUUUCAUUAGAUUAUGUCUUGUUAAAGUCAAGCAGUUAUAAAUAUUAAUACAUUACCGUUAUUUUUGUACUACAUUUUCCAUAAAAUGUUUAAAUGUGUUCAAUAAUCAAAGUUUCUUUCAUAUUUUCUCAUUAAAAACUCUGCUUUGUUUGAAAA